CCCCCAUCCCUGGUUGAGGAGGGAGGGGGCAGAUGGGAAGGGGCCCUGACCAAGCUGCUUUGUGCCUGGGUCUCUGUCCAGGUGAACCAGACAUUCCAUCAGCUGGCCCUGCUGCGGGAGCUUCAUGGCCUCUGGAUGGAGCUCGCACCCCAGAUCUCCAGCUUCAUGAACAACAGUGCCCAAGCGGUGCUCCUGAAGAGGCUGUUCCAGAUGCCCUCCUGGGAAGAGAGGCUGAGGCGCCCCAGGAACGGGACGUCGGCCAUCCGCACCUUCCUGGGCUUGGACAGCAGUGGCUACACUUGGAAAGAGGCCUACGAAGACAUAACUCUGAUAGUGGAUAAAGUGGGGAAAGUCCUGGAGUGUGUUUCUCUGGACAAGUUGGAGCCGGUGGUGACAGAGGACAGUCUGAUGGAGCGGGCCGUGGAGCUGCUGGGGCGGCGGCGCUUCUGGGCUGGCGUCGUCUUCCUGGGGCUCCAGGACGGGCGAGCUCCGGGCCACGUCCGCCUCAAGAUCCGGAUGGAUAUCGACGAUGUCGCCAGGACUAAUAAGAUCAAAGACAGGUUCUGGGACCCCGGCCCGGCAGCGGAUCCUGUAUUGGACAUGCGCUAUGUGUGGGGUGGCUUUGUCUACCUUCAGGACCUUCUGGAGGGGGCAGUCGUCCGGGUGCUGAACAGCUCUGCCCGCCCUGCCAGCAUCUACUUGCAACAGAUGCCCUACCCCUGCUAUGUGGAUGAUGUAUUCCUGCGAGUGCUGAACCGGACACUGCCGCUAUUCCUGACCCUCGCCUGGAUCUACUCGGUGGCCCUGACCGUGAAGGGCGUUGUUCAGGAGAAGGAAGCUCGUCUGCGGGACACCAUGCUGGCAAUGGGCCUGGACCGCAGCGUCCUCUGGGGCAGCUGGUUUAUCAGCAGCCUUGUGCCAUUCUUGGUCAGCAGCAGCCUUCUUGUUCUUAUCCUCAAGCAGGGGGACAUUCUCCCCUAUAGUGACCCCUUCCUCGUCUUCCUGUUCCUGGCUGCCUUUGCUGUUGCCACUGUCUGCCAGAGCUUCCUGUUCAGUGCUGCCUUCUCCCACGCUAAUGUGGCGGCUGCCUGCGGAGGCCUCCUUUAUUUCACCCUCUACCUGCCUUAUGUGCUCUGCGUGGCCUGGAGGGACCAUCUACCCCCAGCCCUGCGCCUGGCUGCGAGCCUGCUGUCUCCAGUGGCUUUCGGCUUUGGCUGUGAGUACUUCUCCCUGUAUGAGGAGCAGGGCGUGGGCAUUCAGUGGCACAACCUGGGCCAGAGCCCUGUGGCUGGUGAUGGCUACAACCUGGCACUGUCCGAGGCUCUGCUGAUCCUGGACGCUGGACUCUAUGCUAUGGCCACCUGGUAUAUUGAGGCCGUCUGCCCUGGUCAGUAUGGAAUCCCUCAGCCCUGGAAUUUCCCCUUCCGGAAAAGCUACUGGUGUGGAGAGCUGGCAGUUGUCAGCCUGGACCCGACCCCCUCCAAGGAUGACCCCCAAGUGCUGGUGGAAGACCCCUCCCCCGGACUCAAUGUGGGUGUAUCACUUCGGGGCCUGGUGAAGUACUACCCUGGCAGUGCCCGCCCUGCCCUUCAGGGGCUCAGCCUGGACUUCUAUGAGGGCCACAUCACUGCCUUCUUGGGCCACAACGGGGCUGGCAAGACCACGACCCUCUCCAUCCUGAGUGGCCUCUUUCCCCCCACCCGGGGAUCAGCUCUCAUCCUCGGUCAAGACAUCAGCUCCAACAGGGCAGCUGUGCACCGCAACCUGGGCCUCUGCCAGCAUAACGUGCUCUUCGAUAUUCUGACUGUGGAAGAACAUAUCUGGUUCUAUGGGCGUCUGAAGGGGCUGAGCCAGGCAGCAGUGGGCCAGGAGCUGCCUCGCCUCCUGCAGGAUGUGGGGCUCCCACACAAGCGGCAAGAGCAGACUCGUCACCUCUCUGGCGGGAUGCGGAGGAAGCUGUCCGUAGCCAUUGCCUUCGUGGGUGGCUCCCGAGUGGUCAUCUUGGAUGAACCUACAGCCGGUGUGGACCCAUUCCGCCGAGCCAUCUGGGAGCUGCUGCUCAAAUAUCGGCAAGGUCGCACAGUGAUCCUGUCCACUCACUAUAUGGAUGAAGCAGAGUUACUGGGAGACCGUGUGGCGAUGAUCGCAGGGGGCCAGCUGCGCUGCUGCGGGUCUCCCCUCUUCCUGAAGAGCCGUCUGGGCACUGGCUACUAUCUGACCCUGGUGAAGCGCCGGCCAACUGUGCUCCCCAAGGCUGGGAAGGACCAGGACUAUGGCAGACUGGAGAGGAGCGGGACCAGAGACCUGGAAAGCAAAGAAGGUGGCCCAGCUGAUGCCACUGAUGUGGCCCAGCUGCUCACACUUGUACAGAGCCUUGUCCCUGGGGCCCAGCUGGUGGAGGAGCUAGGCCAUGAGGUGGUGCUGACCCUGCCGUACUCUGGGGCCCAUAACGGGGCCUUUGGGGAGCUAUUUCAGGAGCUGGACAGGCACCUUGCGGAGCUGGGUGUUUCUGGCUAUGAUCUCAGACACCACCCUGGAGGAGAUGGGGAGGGCCAGCCCCUUCGGCUGGGUGUGCCUGCCCCAGCCUCUGCCCCCUGCCAAAGGAGGAUGAGCGAGGAGCAUGCAGAGGAGAAUGGGGAUGUGGCAGGGGCUGUUUCUGCAGAAAUGCAGGCUCUGCGUGGAGAGCCGGGCACCUCUGGGCGCGUGCAGGGCUGGGCCCUCAGGCAGCAGCUCCGGGCCCUGUUCACCAAGAGGUUCCUUCAUGCCCGCCGCAGCCGCCGAGGCCUUUUUGCGCAGAUUGUGCUCCCCGCUUUCUUUGUGGGCCUGGCGCUCUUCUUCAGCCUCAUCGUGCCCCCAUUUGGCCACUAUCCGCCCCUGGAGCUCCAGCCGGCCAUGUAUGGGUCCCAGGUCUCUUUUUUCAGUGAGGAUGACCCUGGAAACCUCAGAUAUGCCCAGCUAUUGAAUGCCCUCCUGUCUGAGCCCAGCUUCCAGGGCUCUUGUGGGAAGAAUAGCUCAGGCCUGGGGCAAGACUAUGCCCGGCCAGCCAACCACAGCUUCUGGGUGCCCCCAGUAUCUGAGACUGUGGCUAGAGUCUUCACUACAGGCAACUGGACCCUGCAGUUCCCAUCCCCCGCCUGCCAGUGCAGCAGUCCCGGGGCCCGGAAGAUGCUCCCUGACUGCCCAGAAGCAGCAGGGGGCCUUCCACCUCCCCAGAUGCAGCUGGGCCCGGGAGAUGUUAUGCAGAAUCUGACAGGAAGAAAUAUCUCAGACUAUCUGGUUAAAACCUAUCCUCGGGUCAUCAAUCAGGGGCUGAGGACCAAGAAGUAUGUCAAUGAGAUUAGGUAUGGGGGCUUCUCCCUGGGGGGCAGCCAUAGCCUGGGCCUGGGCUCAGGGCCAGAGAUUCUCAGCACCAUCCAGGAGUUCCAACGCUUAUUCUACGGCUCUCAGAGCAAUGUAGUGCAUCAUCUGCUACAGAAUCUCAGUGCCUGGGCAGAGGGUCUGGACACACAGAAUAAUGUGAAGGUCUGGUUCAACAACAAGGGUUGGCAUGCCAUGGUGGCCUUUGUCAACAUGCUGAACAAUGGGCUCCUGCGUGCUCACCCACCCCCGGGAGCUGACCCCCGCAUCUGCGGCAUCACCACUCUCAACCACCCCCUGAGCCUCACCAAGGAGCAGCUGUCUGAAGCCACCCUGAUGGCCUCUUCAGUGGAUGUGCUGGUGUCCAUCUGUGUGCUCUUUGCCAUGUCCUUCGUCCCAGCCAGCUUCGUGCUCUUCCUCAUCGAAGACAGAGUCAGCCGAGCCAAGCACUUGCAGCUCCUAGGGGGCCUGCCUCCAACCCUGUACUGGCUGGGCAAUUUUGCAUGGGACAUGUGUAACUACCUGGUGCCAGCAGCACUAGUGGUGCUCAUUUUCCUGGGUUUCCAGCAGCGGGCGUACGUGGCCCCGCCGAAUCUGCCUGCCCUCCUCCUGCUGCUGCUGCUGUAUGGCUGGUCCAUCACUCCCCUCAUGUACCCAGCCUCCUUCCUGUUCUCUGUGCCCAGCACAGCCUACGUGGUCCUGACCUGCCUCAACCUCUUCAUUGGCAUCAACAGCAGUGUGGCCACUUUUGUACUGGAGCUCUUUUCCAACCAGAAACUGAAGGAUGUGAGUUGGAUUCUGAAGAGAGUUUUCCUCAUUUUCCCGCAUUUCUGCCUAGGCCGAGGGCUCAUUGACAUGGUUCGGAACCAAGCUAUGGCUGAUGCCUUCCUGCGCCUAGGAGACGAGCAGUUCCAGUCCCCCUCCCUGCUGAGAGAGGAGGACCAGGAAGAAGAUGAGGACGUGGGCCAGGAACGGGAACGGGUUCGGCAGGGGGCCACCCAGGGAGACGUCCUGGUGCUGAAGGACCUGACCAAGAUAUACCGGGGCCAGAAGAAGCCAGCUGUGGACCAUGUGUGCAUGGGGAUCCCCCCGGGGGAGUGUUUUGGGCUCCUGGGGGUAAAUGCAGGGAAGACUUCCGUAUUCCGCAUGGUGACGGGGGACCCAGUGAGUGGGGGUGAGGCCAUCCUUAUGGGUUGCAGCAUCCAGAAUGACCUGCAGGCAGCCCAGAGCCACAUGGGCUAUUGCCCCCAGUUUGACGCCAUCACAGAGCUGUUGACUGGCCGAGAGCACCUGGAAUUUUUCCGGCUCCGGGGGGUACCUGAGGGAGAGGUUGCCCAGGUGGCCCAGUGGGUCCUGACCAAGCUGGGGCUGCUGCAGUAUGCAGACCAGCCCUCGGGCUACAGUGGUGGAAACAAGAGGAAGCUGUCCACAGCCAUCUCCCUGGUGGGAGGACCACCGGUCAUCUUCCUGGAUGAGCCCACCACCGGAAUGGACCCCCAGGCUCGCCGCUGCCUCUGGGACAGUGUCCUGGGUGUGAUCAAGGAGGGACGCUCUGUGGUGCUUACCUCACACAGUAUGGAAGAGUGUGAGGCUCUCUGUACCCGCUUGGCCAUCAUGGUGAAUGGGCGUUUCCGGUGCCUGGGCAGUGCCCAGCAUCUUAAGAACAGGUUUGGAGAGGGCUACACAGUGUCCCUGCGAGUGCCCACCUCACACCCAGAGCCCGCCCAGAAUUUCAUGGAGGCCUCUUUCCCCGGAGCCCUGCUCAAGGAACACCACGGCUGCCUGCUGCGAUAUCAGCUACCUACUGGGCACUGCCCACUGGCUCGCCUCUUCAGUGAACUAGCCACCCACAGCCCCCGCCUGGGCAUCGAGGACUUCUCUGUAACCCAGACCACACUUGACCAGGUGUUUCUCUAUUUCGCAAAGGACCAAGGUGAGGAGGACAGCCCCGGGAAGCCGGCCUCUCCCUACCCUGGGUCCAGGUCCCGAAUCCCCCACGGAGUCAGCUGCUUUUUGGACACCAGUGUGGCCGAAAGCUUGGUCUGACCCAACAGGUGGAUGGACAGACAGAUGGACCCUCCGGCCAGGAACCUGCCCCUGGGAUGGGUGGAGGGAGCUUUGUGACGUCGAUGUCCUGGGGCAGCUGCCACCACUUGUCCCCUGUCUCUGCCCUUACCAGCCCCCAUGGGGCCCCCUCGUCCAGCCUAGCAGGAGGCUAGGCAGCUAGCAAAAGGGAAGGGCCCCCCAAAAAGGGAGGCUACUGCUGCUGCUCCCCAUUAUAGGAGCCCAGGGCUGCAGGGGACUCUCCUCUGCACUCCCCUUCCUCCCAAAUAAAAGAAGAAAACCCAGAGA